CUCUUCAUCCUCUUCCUCCCUCCAUCCUCCUCCUCCUCUCCCUCCUCUCCUCCUCUUCCUCCCUCCUCCUCCUCUCCAGCCACUGUUGACGUCCAUGGCUCUGUCACCCGCAUCAUCACCGGUUGGUUUCCACGCUGUUCUGUCCUCCGGUCCAGUCAUGUAGAGUCAUUAUGGCUGUUCUGACUCCCUCUGGAUUCACAUCCUGUCUCUGUCUCUGUCUCUGUCUGUCUCCUGCGCGUCUCCUCUUCUAGUUCUGCAGGACUUCAUCACUAUUUUACUUUCUGCUCUUUUGUUUUUGCGCUUUUCUUUCCUGAGGAGUUCCGUGCGUCCGAGCAUCUCCAUCUCCAUCUCUCUCCUCCAGCUGCUCCACCUGGACCCGCAGGUAUUCAAUCAGCCGCUCGCUCAUCUGUCCUCGUCCUCUAAUUGUCUCCUGGCAGCUGGAGACCUCCGGGGAAAAGGCUCCUAUGAGUGCUCCUCCGCUGAUCCGAGCGCCCAGCCCGCUGCCGUUCUCAGGAGGAGGAGGAGGAUGUGAUGGAGGAGGUGAUGGAGGAGGAGGAGGAGGAGGAGAUGUGAUCUCCUUCCAGCUCCAGAUCGGUCUGAGCCGGGAGCCGGUGCUGCUGGACGCUGCAGAGCUCAGCCUCAGUCAGGUCCGGGAGGUGGCCUGCUCCAUCGUGGACCAGAAGAUCCCGGAGUGUGUCUUCUACGGGAUGUACGAGAAGAUCCUGCUGUUCCGUCAUGACCAGACGUCGGACAACGUGCUGCAGCUGCUGCGCUCGGCGUCCCAGAUCCAGGAGGGCGACCUGGUGGAGGCCGUGCUGUCAGCUUCGGCCACCGUGGAGGACUUCCAGAUCCGUCCUCACUGCCUGUUUGUUCACUCGUACCGAGCUCCGGCCUUCUGCGACCACUGUGGGGAGAUGCUGUGGGGACUCGUACGACAGGGACUCAAAUGUGAAGGCUGUGGUCUGAACUAUCACAAGCGUUGUGCCUUUAAGAUCCCCAACAACUGCAGCGGCGUGAGGCGGCGGCGCUCGUCCGCCGUCUCGCUGACGGGCGGGCUGGCGAACCUGGGUGGGCUGGUGAACCUGGGUCGCCCGCUCUCUGCUGAGCCCUCGCCACCCCUUUACACCGACGAUGCUUUACUGUCUCCCGUCAGUCCCAGCAUGGAGAAGAACCAGUUGGACUACUUCCCCGGUCGAGAGCGCCGCUUCAGCUCCCAGUCGUACGGCGGCCGUCCCAUCGAACUGGACAAGAUCUUACUGUCCAAGGUCAAAGUUCCUCACACCUUCCUGAUCCACUCGUACACCCGACCCACCGUCUGCCAGCACUGCAAGAAACUGCUGAAGGGCCUCUUCAGACAGGGCCUGCAGUGUAAAGAUUGUAAAUUCAACUGUCAUAAACGAUGUGCUCCUAAAGUGCCAAACAACUGCCUGGGAGAAGUCUCCAGAAAUGGAGACCUACUGAGCCCGGGGGCGGAGUCAGACGUCGUCAUGGUGGAGGGUUGCCUCGACGACCACGACUUGGACAGAGGCGGCGGCCUGUUGGACGACAUGGACGACCCGCUGACGUCGGAGGGCGCUCUGAUGCUGGAGGCGGGGCCCAGCGACCUCUGCGACCUUCACGACCCCGACCUGGACGAGUCCAACCGGGCCAUCAGCCCGUCCACCAGUAACAACAUCCCUCUGAUGAGAGUCGUUCAGUCCGUCAAACACGCAAAGAGGAAGACCAGCAACGUGAUGAAGGAGGGCUGGAUGGUCCACUACACCAGCAAGGACACUCUGAGGAAGAGACAUUACUGGCGGCUGGACAGUAAAUGCAUCACGCUGUUUCAGAACGACACAGGAAGUAAAUACUACAAGGAGAUCCCUCUGUCAGAGAUCUUGUCUCUGGAACCGACUCAGACCUUCGCUCUGCUUCCCGACGGAGCCAAUCCUGCGUGCUUCGAGAUCACCACGGCGACGCUGGUUUACUACAUCGGCGAGCAUCUGCAGAGAGACCCGUCUGUGAGCGGCAGCAGCGUCCUGGUCAGCGGCGUCGGGCAGGAUGUGGCUCGGAUGUGGGAGAUGGCCAUCCAGCACGCUCUGAUGCCGGCCGUCUCUACGGGAGUUUCCCACAACUCUCACCACACUGGACACAAGGAAAUCUCCAUCAGUAUUUCUGUCUCCAACUGCCAGAUCCAGGAGAACGUGGAUAUCAACUCUGUGUAUCAGAUCUUCCCAGACGAAGUUCUCGGCUCAGGACAGUUUGGCAUCGUCUACGGAGGUAAACACAGAAAGUCCGGCCGGGACGUCGCCAUCAAGAUCAUCGAUAAACUUCGCUUCCCAACCAAACAGGAGAGUCAGCUACGUAACGAGGUGGCCAUCCUGCAGAGUUUGCACCACCCAGGCGUAGUCAACCUGGACUGCAUGUUUGAAACGCCAGAGAGAGUGUUUGUGGUGAUGGAGAAGCUCCACGGAGACAUGCUGGAGAUGAUCUUGUCCAGUGAGAAAGGACGACUGCCGGAGAGGAUCACCAAGUUCAUGGUCACACAGAUCCUGGUGGCUUUACGUCACCUUCACUUCAAGAACAUCGUCCACUGUGAUCUGAAACCUGAAAACGUGCUGCUGGCUUGUGCAGACGCAUUUCCUCAGGUGAAGCUGUGUGACUUCGGCUUCGCUCGCAUCAUCGGCGAGAAGUCGUUCAGGCGUUCGGUGGUCGGCACGCCGGCGUAUCUCGCUCCAGAGGUCCUGAGGAACAAAGGCUACAACCGCUCUCUGGACAUGUGGUCGGUCGGAGUCAUCAUCUAUGUCAGUCUCAGUGGGACGUUCCCUUUCAAUGAAGACGAAGAUAUCAACGAUCAGAUCCAGAACGCUGCCUUCAUGUACCCUCCACAUCCCUGGAAGAAAGUUUCCCAGGAAGCGAUUGACCUGAUUAACAACCUGCUGCAGGUUAAGAUGAGGAAGAGGUACAGCGUGGACAAGACCCUCAGUCACCCCUGGUUACAGGACUACCAGAUGUGGCUGGACCUGAGGAACCUGGAGUCCCGGAUGAACGAGCGCUACAUCACCCACGAGAGCGACGACCUGCGCUGGCAUCACCACGCCCAGCUCAGCGGCCUCGACUACCCCACGCACCUCGUCAACGGUCCCCGCACUGGCGACAGCGGUCAGAUGAUGGAGCGCUACCAGGAGCGUGACGAAGAGCUGGAGACCCUCAGUGAGAGGGUCAGUGAACUCUGAGGACGGGGGGGGCGCCGACGCCAGACAGGAAACGGCAACUGUUACAAAAUAAAAUAAAAAGCACACAAUUAAAAAGAUCAGUUCAAAUCCAAACUUUUACUUAAAUCACUUACAGACAUACACAAAUUAAAUUAAUUCAUUGCCCAUUACACCAAAUAAGGGUCGUUUAUUAAGGAGAUAUUAGAGAAGCACAAAAAAAUAAAUAAAUGUCUUAAUUACUUUGGUCUGCAAGUGAGUCGUAAUUACAAAUCAAAAUAUUUUAGAUAUUUUUUCUUUAGUGAUUGAAAUGCACUUCCAUAGUUAGUGAGUUAUUAAUCAUAAAGAAUAAAAGCUGCACCUCUUCCUUCAGACAAUCAGAAAAAGACGCUCCGGAGAAGCAGCUUUCAUUUACACUCAGAAAACAUGAAUCAUCCCAGUUUGUGCCUCUCACGUAAUCAUCACUUUUCUACAUACGAGACUUUGCACUGAUGAUUAUGGUCAAGUUGUGGAAACAAGCCACGGCUUUAGAUUAAGUAAAUCAUGAAACACAGAGGCAGAUCGUCCAUAAUGUUCUUCUAUGCUAUAGUAGAACUUUGUUAACUUGAGCCAGUCUGAGCUCACAGAAAUAGGUGAAAUGACCACAACUUCUUAACAGCGUAUUAACGUGGUGGUGGUGGUGGCACGAAAUAUGUUAAAAUUACAUGCCACCACCACGAAAACAAUGCCAAUGGAAAGUCGAUUCGGAUUUUUUGUCAUGGUGGACAAAAAUUCUCCGGUUCAGCAGAAAUAUGUAUUAAUCAAAAUCCACGUACGGAGGAGGACGGGGUGGACGGAUGGAUCAAACACGGGACGUUCUCAUAUACUGUAGAUAAGAAAUGGACGUAGUCACCGUGACGUCAUCCGUUGAUCUGUGGACUGCCGUUUUGAAGCCUUGAGUUCGGCAUUUUGGCCGUCACUAUCUUGGUUUUUGGCUUUUGGACUUCGCCAUCUUGGUUUUCGGCCGUUGCCACCUUGGUGUUUGAUCUUUGCCAAAUAUAGGUUUUUGGCCGCCCCAAUCUUGUUUUUUUGGCUGUCACCAUCUUGGUUUUUGGACAUCGCUAUCUUGGUUUUUGGACUUCGCCAAUCUAAGUUUUUUUCCCGCCGCCA